AGAAGAGCGCCACCACCGCUAAAUAUUGUCUGCUACCGAUCGCUGCAGUAGUGCAGUGCUUCAACGUUCAACCGUUCAACCUUCAAGUAGUAACGUCGCAACUACAAUUUGUGAAUAUUGUUAUAGAAAUGGCAACAUCAAGCAAAACAAACAAUGAAAUUGAGUCUUUAAAUGCUGAAGAAUUAAACUGGAUUCAGUUAAGAGAGGAAAUUGGAUCAGAAAGUUUGAAGAACCAGGAGACAUUCAAAGAAAAAUUCAACAGAAAAUUUUCUGAAAAUCCUUUUGUUCCUAUUGGGUGUCUAGCAACUGCAGCUGCAUUGACAUAUGGCCUGUGGUCCUUUCGUCAUGGGAGACCCCAAAUGUCACAAAAAAUGAUGAGGCUCAGGAUUGCAGCACAAGGAUUUACAGUUGUUGGCCUUAUGGUUGGAGUUGGUGUUGCAAAUGUGAAAGAAAAUGUGUAAACUUGUCUCUCAGUCCCAAUGUAUCAUAUUAUUUAGUACACAUACAUGAGACUUCUCAUAGUAUAAUACAUAAAAAAAACUCCCUCAAUCUAGUGGGAUUAAAUGUA